CAAAUAGCCGUACCCCCUAAUCAGCACAAGUGCCAAAAGGGGUCGCCACUCGAAAAAGAUUGGGAACCGUUGUUCUAGGAUCUUGGGUUGUUCCUAGUAUUUUUCACUCUUUGUUCUUCUUUCGAGGGUAUUGUAACGAGGCUAUUUCAAAGUGUUCGUCUACAGUACAAACAGUUACAGUCGAUAUUUCUCCACUUCGUCGAAGAUAUACACAGUUACAGUAGCUAGUUUAUAAAUAAUUUACUUCUGUAUUCAUCAAAAUGUCCGAUUCCGAAUUUGAAUGCUCUAAUUUAUCAGAAAGUGAAUCUGACGAAAGCUUCACAAGCGGUAGCGAUCUAGAAUCUAGUGACAGUUUUGAUGGAAACAUCGAUUCUUCAAAAAAAUGGUACAGGAUAAACGCAGAAAAUCCUCCUGCUGCUCCUCCGCGGUUUCCUUUUCUGGCAACUCCUGGGUGUUCCUUUACUCUAAAUGAUGUGUUGGAUCCGUUAGAAUAUUUCAGAUUAUUCUUUGAUAUUAAUUUAGUUAAUAUUAUUGUUAAAGAAACUAAUCGUUACGCUAUGCAACAACCAAAAGCAUCCAGAAAGCAUUGGGAUUCCGUUAUAACAGAAGAUAUUUAUGUAUUUCUCACAAUUUGUAUAAUUCAGGGAAUUAUCCAUAAACCGGAUGAAAAGAUGUACUGGACCAGGAAUGAAAUAUUUCUUACGCCAAUUUUUAGUAAAUUGAUGCCAAGAAACAGAUUUUUACAAAUAAAGAAAAAUUUACAUUUUAGCAAUAAUGGCAGUUACCGUCGGACAACCCAUCCCAAUUCGAAAAUAAAUAACAUUUGGCCAAUAGUAGCAAAUUUAAAUAAAAAAUGUUCACAUCUUUAUGUACCAGAAAGAGAUAUAUCAGUAGACGAGAGUCUUAUGCUUUACAAGGGUCGUAUUUCGUGGAAACAGGACAUUCCUCUGAAACGGUCUCGUUUCGAUGUGAAAUUCUUUAUGCUAUGUGAAUCUGCAUCCGGCUACUUGUACAAUUUUAUAAUUUACACCGGAAAAGGUACUAGUUUUAAUGAAAAAUACCAAGAAAUGCCAAUAGCAUCCAAAAUCGUGUUAUCGUUAGCGGAUCCGUUGUUAGGCAAAGGCUACUGUCUAACAACGGAUAAUUAUUAUACUUCCCCACAGUUAGCGGAUUAUCUCAUAUCGUGCCAGACAGAUUUGUGCGGAACAGUACGUACCAACAGAAAAGGUGUUCCAGGUGUAAUUCGUAACAAAAAUAUGGAAAAGGGAGAGAUAGUAGCAAUGCGGAGAGAUAAAGUAAUGAUUUUAAAAUGGCAGGAUAAGAGUGCUGUUGCUUUACUCUCUACAAUCCACAAUCCUGUAAAAGUAUACAAAGAAAUGCGUGACGGUAGCGUACAAUCGAAGCCACAGGUUGUGUUGGACUACAACCACACAAUGCGAGGUGUAGACCGUUUACACCAACAUCUCCAUGAUUAUUCGGUUAUGAGAAAAAGGGGAAAGAAAUGGUAUAAAAAAAUAUUUUUUCAUUUGGUAGAUAUUUGUUUGUAUAAUGCAUUUGUGUUGUAUAAGAAAAAUGGUGGCGAAAAGGAUAAUUUAGGGUUUAGAAUGAAGCUCGUUGAACGGCUAAUAGAGGAGUAUCACACUGGAACGAGGGUAAAGAAACAAGGUCGGUCGAGAGAAUCAAGUUUGCCUAGUAGACUUACAGAAAGACAUUACCCGGACUUUAUUCCGCCAACCGAGAAAAAAACUUCUCCUACCAGAUGCUGUGUUGUAUGUUGCAAUAGACGUAAUGAGGAAGGGAAGAAAGUGAGGAAAGAAACCAGGUAUUACUGCGAAGAUUGUGGAGUUGCGUUGUGUAUAGUACCGUGUUUCGAAAUAUACCAUACUAAAGAAAAUUAUUAACUUCAAUUUCAUUUAUUAUAUUUUGUAAUUAUAUCAUG